UCACAGGCGCUUGCAAAGCAUCUUCGAGUUGCAAUGAAAUUGCGACAAUUAAUGCAAUUGCUCUGGCUACAUCAGCUAUUGCAACGGUUGUUAACCCGACGAUGUCAGCAGUUGCAUAUAGAAUUUCCACAGUUUUAUUUCACAGUGGAAUUAGUCAUGUGGAUGUACAACGUUUGAAUCGGUUGGGAAUUUGCAUGUCUUCCGAUAGCGUCAUAAAUCUGCACGAGAACAUGGGUGAAAACUUCGAUUAUGCAGCCAAAAAAUGGAAAAAGGAGAUAGAAGAGAACAAUUCUAUGUUGCUUUUUGUAAUGGAAAUAGAGGGAAAGAUGUUAAACUGUAGUAAUGAUGAUAUGCAUUUGGACACAACUCUAAACCUGGAUGAGGAUUCUUUAAAAGCGUAA